AAAAUUAUUUUAAUUUACCAGUGAUUGAAUUAUGGUGUUACAGAUAAGUGAAAUUUUCCUCUUUUGUUUUAAAUUAAAAAUUAAUUGAUGUAUGUAAUUGGUUAUAAAUGCAAGUUUUAAUCGUCGUCUGUCAGUAGACAAACGUUUCAGUAAAAACAAUAAAGUUUCUCUCUCUAACUACGUUUCAAGGCAUAAAGUUUAUGAUUCUUUUAUUUUUUUUUAACGACCAAUUAUUAUUAUUUAUUUUAAAUGGAUUAACAAUACUCUAAAUUAACAUUUAAAAAGCCUGAUAGAAAAAGUAUUAGACAAUCAACGUAGAAUCCGACAUCUAGACAAAUGUUGGGAAAUCGUAAUUGCAGUCUUAUAUUUAAAAAAAAAUAAUGCUUUCCAUAAAAUUAUAUUAAUAUAAUAAUUUAUAGCAAAUAGACAAUCAAUAAUAGUUCAAAAAACAAUAACAAUAACAAAUAGCUGUGGAGUAAAAUCAAUUCAAAAUGCCGUUGAUACAGUUAGAUGUAAAAAUGUUACCGAUGAAAGUCCACUAUUUCCUUUAUAUGGGCGGAGUUGCCCCAAUUGUUUCAUUUUUACCUACAAUAGCAAAACAGUUGGGUUAUUCCCCGAUGGUUGUUGGUACUAUUUAUGCAAUUUUGCCGAUCUUAAGUUUAAUCACCAAGCCUGUAGUCGGAGCAAUUGUGGAUCAGUAUCGUGUUAAAAAAACUGUUUUCUUGAUAUUUAUUUUGAUUUCUGGCUUGAUAUCAUUUGCAUUGAUGUUCAUACCGGAAGUACCGUUAGAUACUAAAGCUCAACUGAGUUGUGAAGGUUUGACAUACCUAAAUGUGUAUCAUGAUGGUCAUGUAUCGGAAUGUGACGCUAAACGAGUUAUGGAUAUGACGAGUGAAGGAUUAAUUGGAUGCCAAAUGAAAUGUGAAAAAACUCCUGGAUUUCAAAAUGAACUGUGUAAUACUUGGUCAAUUACAGAGUAUUGUCCUCGCUCUACUUUAUUAAAUGCUAACAAAAACGUUUCAUCAGAACAAUUUAUUAAGACUAGCUCAAAAAGAAGUAACGAGAAAUAUUAUGAUGAUAGAUAUGUUUAUAUGACCGUGGUCAUACAAAUGAAUAUUACUGAACGAGUGAAGGAUAUCUUCUACUUUCGUGUAUCCUCAGCUCGAUUCUUUUCAGAGGCUGCAGAAGUUAUAAAUCAUUCGCCAUCUUGUGGAAAUCACACAACAACACAAUGUGAAGUCCAAUGUUCUAGUGAAACUAUUAUGGAUUUAAUCACUUCACCAAAGUACAAAGGAAGUGUUUUUGACUUGGAUCAGUUCUGGGUUUUUUUUCUAUUUGUCAGUUUGUUUUGGAUAAGCCAGGCAGCAGUUUAUAGUCUCGGAGAUACUAUAUGUUUUGAUUUACUUGGUAACAGUCCUAAUAAAUAUGGCAAACAAAGGUGCUGGGGUGCCAUUGGAUGGGGUUUUUUCACCAUUAUUGCUGGAUGGCUUUUAGAUCUUUUCAGUUCGAGUGAGGUGUUCAAGAAUUAUAUGCCAAUAUACUAUUUAUGUUUAUUAGUGUUGCUUGGUAACUUUUUCACAGCAUCAAAAAUUGAGAUUUUGGAAACAAAAAUAUCUACAAACAUUUUCCGGGAUAUUGGUAGAUUGUUGGCCGAAAUCAAAGUUCUUGGUUUUCUCGCGUGGACCAUAGCGUUUGGAAUUUGUACCUCAAUGAUUUGGCAGUAUCUCUUUUGGUACCUUGAAGACAUAGCAUCGAUGUAUGAAUGCAGCACUCAAGCUUGGAUUAAAACCCUACAAGGAUUAGUUAUGGGCGUUCAGACUUUUGGUGGGGAAGUGCCGUUCUUUUUUUGGUCGGGUUGGAUAAUCAAACGUUUGGGUCAUUUGAAUUGCAUGUCUUUAGUGUUGGGAGUGUUUGCAUUUAGAUUUUUUGCAUAUUCGUUACUGACCAGUCCGAUUUGGGUGCUCGCUAUUGAAUUUACCAACGGAAUCACAUUUGGAUUAGCGUAUGCCGUUCUCAUGUCGUAUGCCAGCGUCAUUGCGUUGCCAGGUACUGAGAGCACUAUGAUUGGUCUUGUCGGUGGUGUUUUUGAAGGAGUAGGCGUGUCGUUGGGCAGUUUAUGCGGAGGUUUUUUGUAUAACACCUAUGGUGGAGCAAUGACCUUUAGACUGUUCGCUUUUGGUGCUGCGUUCAUGUGUAUUGUUCAUUUAUUAUGCCAAAAUUUACUUAAAUCAAAUGGAAAGUUAAGUUUACCAAGUUUUAAUGGGGCAAUAAGAAAAAACCCUUGCGAUAUCAAGGAUUCAGGAUUCAUUAGUGGUUCAACUGAGUAUGCGAGUCCAAACGAAGCUAUUCAUAUGUUGAGUGAAAAUUAGUUGAUACUUACUAAUUUUGUUCCUAAAUUAUUUUACCUAUUAUUAUCUCACUUAAUAUGUGUAUAUUACGGGUAAGAUUUUUAUUUAUAAUUACUUAAUUUACAAUUUUAAUUUAUACCCAGUAUUCAUAAAUUAUUACUGGACAUAUAUAAUAUUAUUACAAUUUAAAUACCUAAAAUAAUAAAAUGCUAAUUGUAUAAACAAUAUUGUUUUUUAUUUUUUUUAUUUUAAUGUGCUUUUAUUUCACAAUAUUAUAGCACGACAAUUACUAAUAACAAUAUUGUUUUUAUAAUUUUUAAUAAUAUCGGUAAAAAAAAAUUAUAACAUUUUUUAUUUCAUAGUAUUAUAUUGCCAUCUCGUCCUUUAUGUCCUCAUGAACUACUUAAAUGCAUAAUACCUUAUAGUUACAUAUAAGUCGAUAGAUUGAAAAUAAGUAAUGAUCAAUCUUUUUUAGUAUAUUUGUGAAACAAUUA